UGUUUAGAGGGCAGCGGCCGCCCCAAGCCGGAGCCCCGCAGCUCUUCUUAUGAUCAGCUCGGUGUGUGUCUCCUCCUACCGCGGGCGUAAGUCGGGGAACAAGCCUCCGUCCAAAACAUGUCUGAAGGAAGAGAUGGCCAAGGGCGAGGCGUCGGAGAAGAUCAUCAUCAACGUGGGUGGCACGCGACAUGAGACCUACCGCAGCACCCUGCGGACCCUCCCCGGCACUCGCCUUGCCUGGCUGGCGGACCCCGACGGAGGGGGCCGGCAGGACCAGGAUGGGGGUGGCGGUCGGGCGGGGAGCAGCAGCAGCUGUGGUGCGGGAGGCGGCAGCGAGUUUUUCUUUGACCGGCACCCCGGAGUCUUCGCCUACGUCCUCAACUACUACCGCACCGGCAAACUGCACUGCCCCGCCGACGUGUGCGGCCCGCUGUUUGAGGAGGAGCUCACCUUCUGGGGCAUCGAUGAGACCGACGUGGAGCCCUGCUGCUGGAUGACCUACCGCCAGCACCGAGAUGCGGAGGAGGCGCUGGACAUCUUCGAGAGCCCCGACGGCGGCCCCGCAGCCGGGGAGGAGGCCGGGGAGGACGAGCGGGAGCUGGCCCUGCAGAGGCUGGGCCCUCAUGAGGGUGGCAGCGGAGCGGGCCCUGGGGGAGCAGGUGCCUGCAAAGGAUGGCAGCCACGGAUGUGGGCACUCUUUGAGGACCCCUAUUCGUCUCGGGCUGCCAGGGUUGUGGCCUUUGCUUCUCUCUUUUUUAUCCUUGUCUCCAUCACCACUUUCUGCCUGGAGACGCAUGAGGCCUUCAACAUUGACCGCAAUGUGACGGAGAUCCACCGCGUGGGGAACAUCACCAGCGUGCGCUUCCGGAGGGAGGUGGAGACAGAGCCCAUCCUGACCUACAUCGAGGGUGUCUGCGUCCUUUGGUUCACCUUGGAGUUCUUGGUGCGGAUCAUCUGCUGCCCAGACACACUGGACUUUGUCAAGAACCUGCUGAACAUUAUAGACUUUGUGGCCAUCCUUCCUUUCUAUCUGGAGGUGGGACUGAGUGGACUCUCCUCCAAAGCAGCCCGGGACGUGCUGGGCUUCUUGCGUGUUGUCCGCUUUGUCCGAAUUCUCCGCAUUUUCAAGCUCACCCGCCAUUUUGUUGGCCUUCGGGUUCUAGGUCACACUCUCCGCGCCAGCACCAAUGAAUUCCUCUUGUUAAUCAUCUUCCUGGCUCUGGGGGUCCUCAUCUUUGCCACCAUGAUCUACUACGCCGAGAGGAUCGGGGCCAAGCCAUCGGACCCGAGAGGCAACGACCACACUGACUUCAAGAACAUCCCCAUUGGCUUCUGGUGGGCUGUGGUCACUAUGACAACACUAGGUUAUGGAGACAUGUACCCCAGGACGUGGUCAGGGAUGUUAGUGGGGGCACUGUGUGCAUUGGCCGGGGUACUCACCAUCGCCAUGCCGGUCCCCGUCAUCGUCAACAACUUUGGCAUGUACUACUCCCUUGCCAUGGCCAAGCAGAAGCUGCCCAAGAAGAGGAAGAAACAUGUACCCCGACCCCCCCAGCUUGAGUCACCAGCCUACUGCAAGUCAGAGGAGACAUCACCCCGAGAUAGCAUCUUCAGUGACUCUAGUCCCCCAGUGGGGGAAGAAGGCAUGUUGGAGAGGAAACGGGCAGAUUCCAAACAAAAUGGAGAUGCAAAUGUGGUGCUGUCAGAUGAGGAGGGGGCCUGCCUUACCCAGCCCCUGGCCUCAGCCCCAGAGGAGCGAAGGGCCAUGCGCCGUUCCAGCACCAGGGACAAGAACAAGAAAGCAGCCACCUGUUUUCUGCUCAGUGCUGGAGACUAUGCUUGUGCUGAUGGCAGUGUCCGAAAAGGUACUUUGCAAUCCAGUGACUCAGACCUUCUUGCUGCUCCUCCAACAAGGAACUCCAUCUCCUAAUGGUGGGCAUUUUCGCUGACUGAUCCCUGUGCCUGGAAGAUUCUCCCUUUGCAUCUCCACUUCCUGGCUUCUGUGGCUUCCAUCAAGACCCAGCUAAAAUCUGACCUCGUAUAGGAGGAAAUCUCUCCGAACCCUCCUUGAUUCUAGUUUCUUCUCUUUGUUGAUUAUCUCCAUUUUGUCCUGUACACAGUUUGUUUGUACAGAAUUAUUUACUCUAUGUCUCCUCCAUUUGAUUGUGGGCUCCUUAAGAGCAGAGUCUAUCUCUUGUCCUUUUUCAUAUCCCCAACAAUUAGUUUGUUGCCUUUGGCUGAUUAAAAAAA